UCGAGUGGUAAACAGACGUGUCGCUAAGAAUAUCGAAAAGUAACUUAUUAAUAUCGGUAAUUUGAAUGAAUACCACGAUCACAAGAAGCAGCACGUAAUUGACAGUGAUAUUGAACAAUUGAAGAAUUAUAAAAAAAAACAAACAGCGAGCUUGACAAGAGUUUAUCAAGUUCAGCAUGCCGACUGCCCGAAUAUUUAUAUUGCUUCUAAUGACAGUAGGUGUGCUGUCUAUAAACGAUUCAUUUCGAUUGCCCGAUGUAUUCAGGCCAGAACACUAUGAACUUCGUAUUCUAACACAUAUUAAUGGACCUGAUCACUUGCGUUUUGAAGGACAAGUAAAGAUUAAGUUCAAUGUCAACGGUCACAUUAACAAUAUUACGUUGCAUUCCAAAAAUUUAACCAUUGAUGAAACUCAAAUAAUAGUAACCUCGAGGUAUGGAAACAACUGCAUUGUUAAGUCUGAAUUCGAUGAGGAUAAGGAGUUUUUCAUUUUGCAACUUUGCGAGUUGCUUCAGGAUGAUGAGCACUAUGAGCUAAUAAUUCCAUUCGAGGGAUUUUUGAAUAACAAUCAAAGUGGGUAUUACUGGAGCUCCUUCAACAACACAAAGACCAAUGAAACCAAUUAUUUGGCUGUUACACAAUUUUCCCCAACAUUGGCAAGAUUAGCCUUUCCCUGCUUCGAUGAGCCUCAUUUAAAAGCGACAUUUAAUAUUACCUUGGGCUACCAUAAGAGCUAUAUAGGGCAAAGCAAUACACCCAUUAUCAAAUGUGAAAAGCAUGCAACGCUUGAUGAUUAUAUUUGGUGCCAGCAUGAACCACUUUUCCGAACAUCAACUUACCUGGUGGCCUACGCAGUACACAACUUAACCAGCUCUGAUAAGCAAACGAGUGACACUGAUAAUAAUGUAACUUUUACGAGCUGGCUUCAACCAGAAGUAGUUAAAGACGGUCACUUUCUUGCCAAUUUCGCUCCAAAUGUGAUAGUUUUUUUAGAGAACUUGUUUAAGUUUAGUUUUCCAUUGCGAAAAGUGGAUCAGUUGGCAGUGCCAACACAUAAAUUCUCUGCAAUGGAGAAUUGGGGACUCGUCACCUUCAAGCAGAGUAGAUUUACGCACAACGAUGACGAAGAGACACUGGAGAAUAAGGAGAGCAAGGCCUCCACAGUUGGACAUGAAUAUGCCCAUCAGUGGUUUGGUAAUUUGAUAACCAUGAGCUGGUGGAAUGAUCUUUGGCUGAAGGAAGGACCUUCUACGUAUUUUGGCUACGCAUCGCUUGAUGCUCUCUUGCCAGAUUGGGGCUCUGGAGAACGGUAUAUUGCCAACGAUUUGGCGACGUUUUUUCGUCAGGAUGCCAUCAACUCUUCAAUAGCUAUAUCACGCGAUGUUGACAAUCCGGACAGCAUUUUAAAUCAGUUUUCCGAAUAUGUCUAUAAGAAGGGAUCGCUGACGGUGCGCAUGCUACACAAGCUACUGGGAGAAGAUGUGUUCUUUUCGGGUAUACGCAGCUAUGUUCGACGUCAUGCCUAUUCAAAUGUGUCUCAGUCUGAUCUCUGGCAGUCAAUGCAGGAAGCUGUGGAUGCUAAUGGUUCAUUCGAGAAUCUUCGUAUCGGCAGUGUUAUGGACACCUGGACCAAGCAAGCGGGCUAUCCACUUGUUAGCGUGAUUCGAGACUACACAACUGGCAGAGUCAGUGUAAAUCAGACACGUUUUUGGCUACCUGAUGAAGUGCAAGAUUACCCAGAGCAAUGCUGGUCGAUUCCCCUUACUUUUGUAGCUCAACAUCAGGCCAACUUUGAGGAAACACAACCUCAGUUUUGGCUAGAUUGCCCUAAUUCUGAUCGAAAUAUAACGCUGCUGAAAAAGCCAGCAGCGGAUGAAUGGAUCAUGCUGAAUCCCCAAGUAAAUACCAUCUAUCGUGUGAACUAUGAUCUGAAGAAUUGGCGCGUGAUCAUUCAAACAUUGAACUCAACGGAGAGUUUUAACGAUAUUCAUGUGCUUAAUCGAGCGCAGCUAAUGGACGAUCUUAUGGCAUUGGCCUGGAGUAAUUUGCAAAGCUAUGAGCUGGCAUUUAGUAUACUGGAGUAUCUGCCACAUGAAGAUCAAUAUGUGCCUUGGAAAAGAAUACUUGAUGUGCUCGGCAAACACGGAGAUUUAUUGCAUGAAUCGCAGACUCCGAUAUUUAAAGUAUUUAUGCAGAAGUUGAUAGCUCCGCUAUACGAGCGCUGCCCCACUCUAAGCUCCAUAAACAAAGCGACUACUUCUAUGCAAGAGGUUGCUUUAUGUCGCUUGGCUUAUGCUCAAGCCUGUCGUUAUGGUAUGGCGAACUGCAUUAGCGAAGCGCUCAAGCUAACUAUUGAGGAAGUGCCUGCUAAUUAUCGCGAUAUUGUGAACAGUGCGAGCAUUGAGUAUGGCGAUGAGCAGCAGUUUCAGAUAAUGCGGCAACGUUUCCAAAACUCGACUAUCGAACCAAUUCUGGAUAUGUGGGCAAGAGGUCUCGGUUGUACUCGUAACUUCACGCUGUUGGAACCGUUGCUAGAUUAUCUGUUGAAGGAGGCAGACAAAACUACAACUGCCUAUUAUAUACAGGUCGUGUCAUCGGCUUUAAGCCGCAAACAUGUUGCUCUAGAGACUACAAAUCACAUCUUCCAACAUGCUGGAAUUCUCAAUGAUAAAUUUAGCGCUAAAAAUAUCAAAAGUUUACUCACGCUGAUAAUUGAGAAAGGAUUAAUUGCGCCUGGCGACAACAAAUUGAUGCAACUGAUGACAUACAAGAAAUUUGAGGAACCUGUGAAAACUGCACAUAAUCUCAUAAAUGUUAAUGAAGUUUGGAGAAAACAACGAUCCGAUGAAUUUACACGAGUUUUAAUAAAAUAUAUUUAAAAUAAAAGUUCAUAACAUAUAGUAUUUAAAAUCCGAAAUGAGGAACUAAUCUAUGCAACAAAUGAAUGGAAUUGAUGAGAUUAAAGUUAUUUGAGAAAGCUGUGGAAAUUGCAGUUGAUGUUCAUGGUAAUGAAGCUUGGCCAAAACAAAUUUCUGAUAAAUUUACUAGAUAUUUAGUAAAAUAUAUUUAAAAUAAAAACUCAUAGCUUACAUAA